AUGUCUCAACAUGCACUUGGCCCCGGCCUCAAGGUCAAUCCAAUCCCUAAAGGCGAGGGGAAAAAGACCAACUUCGGUGUGUCAAUUGAAGGUUUAGACUUGAAUCAAAUUUCCGACGAACAAGUGAAAGCUCUAUCAGAUUUCAUCUGGACACACAAGGUAUUGGUGAUCAAGGGGCAGCAGUCCCUAGAGCCAAUCAAGCAGUGGGAACUUGUAACUCGCUUCGACCCAGACUCGCCACAAGUACACUCGCAUGGUGACAUGAAGACAUUUUCCAAGAAGGGCGGCCUUCUAUCAGCCAGUAGGGAAGUAGUUGGUAUCCCGGGAGCUGAAAAUGUGCGGCUUAUUGGGAAGGGUUUCCAAGGAGAGGAUCACUAUGGUAUCAAGAACUUAACCAUCUACCACGGCUUGUCAAAUGAUUUCCAUUCUAAAAAGCUACCCGACGAUGGUUUCAAGGCAGGCAAUAGCCGCUUUCAACGAUGGCAUAUGGAUGCCCCGCUCUAUGAUAGGGAUCCCGCCUGGUUCACGACGCUGCGCUGCUUUAAGAGACCAAGAGAACCGAUGAUGAAUAUUCGAUGGGACGACGAUACUGGCCUUUCAAUGAAGUCCGAACCAGGUCUAACAGCAUUCUUCAGUAAUGUCCAGACUUAUGAGCUGAUGAGUGCCGAGGAAAAGAGCAUCGCCGACAAUUCGUGGGUGGAGUAUGCGCCCAAUCCUUAUGUCUGGAUCAGCAAAUGCGGCGGUAAAACGAACGGCCUUGGCCUUGAGAACGAAGGCAAAGAACUAGCUCUUGAGGACUUGGGGAACUAUGAAAUCAAGAACGUGAAGACAUAUCCAAUGGUCUGGGUCAACCCAGUAACUGGCGAGCGAGCCUUCCAAGUUCACGGCAUAUGUGCAAGGAAAUUAUACCUCCGAUCCUCUCCUACUGAAAAGCCUCGCAUCAUUGAUAAAGUAGAGGAAAUUCGAGCGUUUCUAAAGCCUAUCCAAGAGAGGGUAUUGAAGCCAGAACAUAUACUGCUUCCCGUAGUAGAGGAAGGCGAUAUUGUCAUGUGGGCAAAUUACAUGAUGUUCCACACCGCGAUAGACUAUCCGAUCGAAUUUGGGGCGCGAACAAUGCACCAGGCCAACAUUGGCGCCAGCAUCGGUCCUGCUCAAAUGGGAUUGUUCGAAAUACCUUCUUUGGCUUAA